CAGUUUUUCACCAGUUGAACUUUGGACUCCGCCGUGUCUAGGCAGGACUGUCCGCUCGUCCACACGUUCAGUUGAUGAUAGAACCACAGACAUUCAAGUGUACCAAGUGAACCAAAAUUCCUUAAAUUUGGAGACUAUUCUAACGACGACUAAGUACAUGAGGAGAACAGACCCAAAAUAAAUUAAAUAGAUCAAACUGGUAAAUAAUUAAUGAACUUGUUAAUUAAAUCCUCUUAAAAUCCCCGUAAAGACCUUUAACAGGAAACAGAAUUCCUUAAAAUACACCUCAUCAACCGGCCAGUACAGUAGAGAGGUGUACUGUACUAUAUAGGUGUAGCAGCCACAAGCGGUGUACAAUACAGAUGACCCCUACAGCUCAACACUGACUAAACACCCGGGAACGACACCCAAAUCUACGAGUGUAGUUAACCUACCAACGUUGUACAAGUGGUAGUGAGAGCAGAGGAAGGAAGGAAGGAAGAUGGCAACACUAGUCAUCAGUGAGAUUCAACCCCCAGCCACUGUUCCCCUCCCAUGGAGAUUCAUGUUACCACUUACUCUCUUCACUCUCUCACUACUUGCACCAGCGUGUGGUAUCCAGUGUUACGAGUGCGUCCACAACAACCAACGGGUCAAGCGUCACAACCGCUUUGUUUAUCCCUGCUCUGAAUUUGACGGCUCGAACCGCUAUAUAAUGAAUUGCCCGGAUUCAAGACUUUGUAUAUACCAGAGGAUCACCCUCACGUUAUCAUCAGAGAAUAUAAUGGUAAUCACUAAGGACGGCUGCACGCCCAACGUCACUGACCACGCUCGCUAUGCUGAGGCUGGUUUGGUAAAAGAGGGAUGCAUCCAACACAAGAGUGCGUACAAGCCUCCAUCGUCGGAAUACUGCUACUGUGGAUACGACCUUUGUAACAAUGCCUCGUCCAGCCAUCAGUCGCUACAAGUUUUAAUCGCUGUCGCUUUUAUUACAAUAUUCCUUCACUGUUUAAACUGGAAAAGUUUAUCUUGACAAAAUCAUUAUUGUAUAUACUGUCAACUCACACCCAACAGAGAGACACAAACUAUGAGCUGUGUUCCUAUAGACACCAUGUCUAUGUUUAUUAUCUAGUUAUGCUGUGACAUAUUUUUAGUUUUAUAUAAAUCUGUUCAACCUGAAAGCAGACCUUAAGUUUUUCAUUCAGUUUAGUGAUGAAUAAUUAGCUGUGCUUGAAUAUAUUUAACUGUGAUGCAUAACACCAAAAGAACAUUUUGUAAUAUUCACUGAACAAUUCUUUGUAAGUCCAAAAAACAAAACCUCAUGAUAUUUACAGAACAUGGAAUGUUCAGUUAAUACCAGGGCAACGAAUAUCCUUCAAACAUUGAUAUACACUUAACUAAGACUUGAUACCCAUCCAAAUACUGUACAGCCUUGAUCAGUGGUGGGGCGUGUAAGUAUAUACUGUGUAUACCAAGGCAAUGUAGUGGGGACAUCUCCCUUGGGCCAUAAACACCACCACAGCAUCAUAUACUUCAACAGAGGACUCCCUCCCUCCCCCAAGUCCAAAACUAGUGUAAAACUACUUGUGAUGUACACAUCAUUGAAUAACAGGUUCAAUUAAUCACUUUUCUAAACUCGGUAACCCCUCGCACGUUCUGGUUCCAUUUGGAGGCCUUCAUGAGUUAGCCUCCAGGAUACUCUUCUCAAUCACUGACCAACUCAUAUGUGCACUACUGCCACAGAUUCCUCUACUCAAGGACAUUUCUUUCAAAUAUGAAAUGAUGAGCCGUCACAUCUGAACAACAGUCAUGUCAAAAUCUCAUGUUACUAUUGAACAGAAAAAAUUAUCCCUAAUAAAGUGCUCACCAAUGUUAUUAUCUCUUUACACGAAUGACGAUAUUAACGUUGGGAGCAGUUUGAACAUCUAUUAACCCACCGUUACAGCCCAAUGGGACCAGACUUUUGGUACACCCUGUAGAUUUUUAUUAAAAUUCUUUUUUACUGUAGUGCAACAAUGCUGUUCAUCCUUUCCCUAUCAGAACUUAAUGUAAGUUCAAAAUUACAUUACAGGCUGUGAUAUGAUGUGAAUGUUUAUGUGUAAUUAAUGAUAGUGUUUGAAUGUACAGUGUAAUAAAGAAUAAUAAGGACA